CCCGACAAAGGCUGACGCAACGGAAAGAGCGAGCCUUCCCCAUUCUCUUCCCAUUCACAUCCUGGGGACUCUUUGCAAACGAUCUGUAUAGCUCUUCAUGUUGCGGCUACUGAAAUAAGUGCCAGUGCUACGGACAGUUUCCAAUUCCGAAAGAUCAAUCUGCUGCUCUUCUUUGCUUAUCUAGUACCGAGCGGGUUCGAUAUUCUUCCCCCCUCUGUCUCUCGAGGCACGGCCAGAUAAAAUGGCGCCACAAAAUGAGCAGAGUUCUCUGAAACGUGGCAGAGCCAGUGCCGAUCAAGAUUCGCAAGACCAGAAGAAGCCACGUCGCUCGGAGAGACUCUCGUCCAGAGUUCAGCCAAAAGACACCCCAGUCGAACAAGAAUACCUACCUACGCCGGUGACUCGACAAAGUUCGACCGUUACAGAUGCUCGAAACGAGACAACGGCUACUCCAACGGAUGAAGCUAGCCAAAUCCGCGACCAAACACCAGUCAAUUCAGAGCCACUCGAGGACACCCAACCUGAGGACACACAAGCUUUCUCGCAGUUUGUGUAUCCGCCAAGGGCAUUUGCUGAUGAAGUGGAGGAUGAGGAUGCGGAGGGCGUUUGGGGCUACCUAAUCCCGCUCGAUGACACAGUCCACAGUGCACUUCCGCUCACAAAGCGGGAUAGUUGCCAAGGUCCCAGGAACAGUGGGGACAAGGGGCACGACAAAGAUUCCGAGAGUGAAAAGAAAGGCAGCUGCCGUCCUGGUGGUUAUUUAAUCGGUCGUCACCCGGAAUGCGAUGUGCUCCUUGAGAUCCCAACAAUAUCCAAUCGACACUUCAUGUUGUUCUCGGAGAACAAAAAGGGUGAUGUUGUCGCAAUGUUGCAAGAUUUUUCCAGCAACGGCACCUUCGUCAACGACGCUAUCGUUGGACGAAACAAGCAUCGCGAGCUUGAGGACAGCGACGAGAUUAGUAUUUUGAAUGAAGCACGUUUUGUUUUCAGGUAUCCGAAGUCUAGGGACACAAACGGUUUCCGGCAACAAUAUAGGAUCCUCCAACAACUUGGAAAAGGGCAUUUUGCAACCGUUUACCUGUGUGCCGAAAGAGCCACCGGAACCCAGUACGCGGUGAAAGUUUUUGAGAAACGCCCAGGUGAUUCCCAGAAAUCGCAGGCGGACGCCUUACAGCAGGAGAUAGCCCUUUUGAUGAGUGUCAAUCAUGAGAACCUUCUCUGUCUCAAAGACACAUUCGACGAAAGUGACGGGAUGUAUCUUGUCAUGGAAGUUGCUUCGGAGGGUGAACUAUUCAACCUGAUAGUUAGCAAGCAGAACUUGUCAGAAGAUGAGACACGUCACGUUUUCAAGCAGUUGUUCGAGGGUUUGAAGUACUUGCAUGAUCGUGGGAUUGUUCAUCGAGAUAUCAAGCCAGAGAACAUUCUCGUUUCUGACAAAAAGCUGUCUGUGAAGUUGGGUGACUUUGGACUCGCAAAGAUAAUCGGGGAAGACUCCUUCACAACAACACUAUGCGGCACACCAAGCUAUGUUGCUCCUGAGAUUUUGCAGGACACGAACCAUCGACAAUACACAAAGGCUGUCGAUAUCUGGUCCCUUGGUGUUGUGCUCUACAUCUGUCUUUGUGGCUUUCCCCCGUUUUCGGAUGAGUUGUAUACGCGACAGAAUCCGUAUACUAUGGCCCAACAGAUCAAGAUGGGGCGUUUUGAUUAUCCAUCUCCAUAUUGGGAUUCCGUGGGCGACCCAGCCUUGGAUCUCAUAGACAGGAUGCUUACGGUUAAUGCUGAUCAGCGAAUCACGGUGGAAGAAUGCUUGGAACAUUCAUGGCUUCUAGGAAAAUCUUCCAGUCUUACUGAUAGCACGGACGGGCUGACUGGAGCUCUGGGUAAUCUUGACUUCUCGAAGCGCAAAGUUGAACGCGAGCGAACAUUGCUCAGCAGCAUGAAUGACAUCCGAUUCAGUGAACGUGCGGAAGAAGGCGGCGCUCCUGUGAAGAUUUUCCACAAAAAUGAAGCCGGCAAACGGGUUUCUAACCAACCUUCUCAAGUUCUCGUUCAUCAGAGUCAACCAGAAGCUCACCCUGACGAAAAUAGCGCGCCUCAAGAUUUUGCCAAUCUUGGAGAGCGAGGUGACCCGCUUCUUUUUGAACAAGAACUAACAAGUCGUUAUCCAUAGACGGGUAUUGCUUUCUGGACGCCACACACUCUUACUCUUACUCUCGCUCUCUCCUACCCUCUCUUUUCAUCUCUUUGUAUCAACUUUUAGCCUUUGUUUUUAAUUAGCACAGCCAGCAUUGUUGCUGCUGCCAUUGACAGUGUGAGAGGAUUACUGGGGUUUACCUGUUCGCAUUGGGACAGUUGGAAUAUGAUCAGCCAAGGGAUACUUACAUUGUGUUAGGGAACUUGUUGAGUCAAAAAUGGCGUCUAUGGUCUGCUUAGGAAUACAGCAUGUUUUAAUUAUGACCCCCGUUUAAGUUGACAUAUGCAGAAGUACGACUGACCAGAACCGUAUCGUCCCUAAUCAUACCGAAUGCUAAUUCCCA